AUGGAAGCUGUACAAGACCCUGUUUGUAAGCAAGAAUCCGUCGCAAAUGAUGAUUUCAUUAUCGAAGUAUUACGUUCAGAAGAGAAUGCUUAUGCAUGUGCAAGAUUGAUCGCUGAAGCAUUUGCAAAGUCGAAUCCCAUGACUGUUUUCAAAGGAAUAUCAGCCGAAGUGCAUUUCGAAAAGAUUGCAUUACCAUUGGCUUUAUCUGUGCUUAAUCAAGAACUUUCAUUACUUGUUCGGAAACAUUCCACUGAUGAAAUCAUUGGAUGUAUUUUGUCUACAGAUCUGUAUCUUAAAUCGAUUUGUUCCAUGACAAACACAACCGGCAUUGCACAUGAAGAUUUAAUUGCUGAUCUCGACAGAAUGAGUUAUGAAUAUUUCAAUGCGACAGAGCAACUAACUCGAAAUUCAGUAAUACAUUUUCUGUUACACGCAACGAAAAUAGGCGAAGAAGGUAACGGUGUGGGUAGUUAUUUAAUACGCGAGACUUGUAAAUAUGCUCGCGAGAUUAAAGGUUUCAAAUAUGCACACGCACAGACAACAAAUCCCGCUAUGAAACAUAUUUACGAUAAAAUAGGUGGUGAAGUAAUAUCGCAAAUUGAUCCUGCUACUUGGAUGUGGAAAAACUGUGGCAAUUCUGAUGAAUAUCCUUUCAAAACAUGGACUGCUGGACCUAUGCCGAACAUAUGCGUUAAAUUAUAA